UCACGCAGAAACGUGUGAGUGUUAGUGUAUGUGGAGUUUGUGUGGGCUGAGCAGGAAGCGCCGUGCAAUUAAUGCCACGUGUGGCGAAGGCGAAAGAGAGAGAGAGAGAGAGAGAGAGAGAGAGAGAGAGAGGGGACGUCGCGCCUAUUUGACUAAUCGAGUGGGAUUUGUUUUGGGGCGUCGAAAUAAUACACGCACACGCGCGCGCGCGCAACCAUUAUAAAUAGUUGCGUGUAAGGGAGAGGAUGUGAGCUUUUGCAGAGCCUUUGGUUGAGCUGGAUAACGAAGGAUCGAGCAAUGGAAGCGAACGGAAACAGCCGCACGGACGCACGCGAGGUGCGCGACUCGUACACGAUGCUGGUGGAGUCGGACGCGUUUGCGCGCGAGAACAACCGCGCGCUCCGGCGUGAUCUGUGCGUGAGCCGCGUCAUCAUUCUCGCCCUUCUGAUGACCCACACCGCGUUCUGCGUCCUUCUGUACAUCCAGCCUGCGUCUGGAGAGAAGAAUAAAGAAACCCUGAAGGAAUCCUUGCACCUGGCACAAAAGGAUAAAGGAACAAAUUAUAUCCAGAACCCUGAUGACUAUUGUUCUCCUCCUCUGCUGGCUUUAGUGGCGGUUGAACCCAACAGAACAUCUGGCAAGUUUUAUAUGAGGAACAUUAACAUCCGUCUGGAAGACUUCCAGUUGGGUGACAGCAACCAGUCUCUUCUCAUUCCUUGUGACGGGAAGUACAGACUCGGCCUGCAGUUAAUGUACAGCAGAAAGGACGACAAUGAAGACUGCAUCAGUUUGGAUCAAAAUAUCUUUAAGAACUCCCCCAGUUACGAGGACAAAGACCUGCUUGUCCUGUCGGCCGCGGACACCUUCUGCUGCAAGGGCAAACAGCUCUGCCAUAAAUCCAUCUACUCUGAGACCAUCAGCGUUUUCAGCAUGGGGGACAAGAUCAGAGUAGAGAGCAACAACAUCAGGCUGAUCGAUCACGGUGGACAACCAGGGACCAAAAACUUCUUUACGCUCCAAUUAAUUUCCAAAAUAUAAUAAAGAGUAUGGAGAAAGUUCUGACGCUCACACCAAGUCAAACACUAAAAUAAUCAAAGCUAACACAAGCUACUCACGUAUAGCGAGUGUGAUCGGACGGGUGUGACACUGUAUUCCCUCAAUGUUUCUCUCCCCGCUCUCGGCUACUAUCCCAGAGUGCAAUCAAGCGUGGGUAAUGAUUUAGCCGUGCUGUGUAGAGGCGAGGCGUGAUGCUACACCACAUACACUGAAGGUACACGUCCAUUAACUUGCACUAACAAAACCAUAACCAAACUGCUAUGCUAGCAUACAUUUAUUUAUGCCAUUACCUACAUUAACAUUCUAUUCUAUAUUGUUCUACGCUACUCUACUCUCACGGUGCUAAACUGAACAAGUGCCAUUUAUGAUUCAGGACAUGUAUCAAGGGAACAUGACAACUUGCCAUGUUUAUUGGACAUUCUCAAAAAACCCUACAAAUAUAAACAGCCAGAACAGGGACCUGCACGCGUGUAGACUUUUUGUUGCAUCAGGUAAAAGAAAUUGCGUCAUAAGGUUUUUUCCCUUGAAAGCUAGACGCUAGUUCGGUUGCUAGCUGAUGAAUUCCAUGUGCGUCUCUAAUACACUUAGCAGCUAACGUACGCUUGCAUAAAUCAGAAAGCUGUGAAGGUUCCUUCUGAGAAACAUCUACAUUUCGAAGUGAAGUGUAAAGCUAACAGGGCGAAGUUAAACGGUUCAUUUUAACCGUAGAACAACGAACAAAAUUUCAUGCUAAUUCUAAAAGUUCAGAAAAACCGCUUUGGUCCAUUUCAGCGGGAUUUCUCACUUUAUUCUUUUCAGGUAUUGUGUGUUUCGUUUAGUUUUGUUUUUGUUCCGAAAGUUUGUAUUAUGUUAAAAAGACAAGCUAUGUUUUUAUCACUUGGUGCCACUGUUAAUCAUUAACUCAACCUAUGUUCGCUUCUAGUCAUGUUCGCUUUAUGCAACUGCAUCCAUAAAAUCUUUAUUCACACAAAUAUAAACAUAUAGAAAUAAAUGUACUACUCAGGAAACAAAUCA